AUGGAUCUACAUCAGAUACUGUCAUGGUCAUUCAACUCGUCCCUUGCUCUGCCCGACGAAGAUGAUGGCAUGGACGCGGUGGUUAUUGUAGUGUCAAUCGUAGGAGCUGUGGUGUUGGCGGCUGUGCUUUGGUGCAUCCUCUCAUGCUUCAUGUGCAGAAGGAGAACUAGAAGCCAUGACAUCGUGACACGAACUGGAGGACCCAAAGAGUUCGAGUACCGUGUUCUGGCUGCUGCAACGGACGACUUCUCUGAGGCGAGGGUUAUUGGGCAAGGUGCCUUUGGAGUAGUCUACAGGGGUACGCUGAGCUCCAACGGAUCAUCAUGGGGCGCGUCCUUGAGAGAAUUGGGUGGUCUAUCAUCAAAGGAAUCAUGUGCAUCGUCCUCCAAGGAAUCAGAUAGCGGCGAGGUGGCUGUAAAGAAAAUCUUGAAUAAGAUGAGGGGAGGAAAUCUGGACUUCUUCACCGAAAUGAACACCAUUAGUGCAGCAAAGCACAAAAAUCUCGUCAAACUGAAAGGUUGGUGCUGUAGGAAACACAGCCGAAACAUACUCGAUUGCAUGUGCUGGUGUUGUAGGAAGAAGAAACAUGACGAGCUCUUCCUUGUCUAUGAACUGGUGCCCAACGGAAAUCUGCAGUACCACCUACACGAGAGUGAGCAAGUAAUAGCAUGGCCAACAAGGUACCAAAUUGUGAAAGGAAUCGGCUCUGCUCUGGUUUACCUCCACCAUGAGUGUGACCCUUACAUUCUGCAUAGAGAUAUCAAACCAGCCAACAUACUCCUUGACAACAACUUCAAUGCCAAGCUUGCUGACUUCGGGUUGUCAAGGGUUGGCAACCAGGACAAUGCGACGUUGAUGACACUCGCGCAAGGGACGGAAGGGUACAUAGAUCCAGAAUGCAGGAAAGAUGGGAAAGUCAAGUUCUACCCUAGAUCUGAUGUCUACAGCUUUGGAAUCGUCCUACUAGACAUUGUAUGCACACGGAAGUCCAGGGAGCAAGUCUGGGAGCUAUAUAAAGGAGGCAUGAUCAUCGAGGCUGUAGAUGAAAGGUUGCAUGGGGAUGACUUUGAUAGGUGGCAGACGCAGAUGCAGCGUGUGGCCGUCCUAGGACUCUGGUGUUCUCUUCUUGAUGGUGCCAAAAGGCCUACCAUUCAGAAAGCAAUGGAGUUCCUGGAACGUGAUCAUGAGCCGUUGCCUAACCUCAACUAUGCGGUGAACUCUUGUGUACCCUCGACACAUCAUGAUGCCUACACUAGUCGCUGCUCUGAUGAGCAGACACUUAUGUCAGAUGUCAAGUAA